AAGCCACACCCUGGCAGCUUCCAAUCCUUUGGUUUACCAUUGCAGUGCUGUUUCUUUUUGAUUAAAGAGAAAAGGGAGCUCUGCAUUCUAAGAAAAUUAGCUCAGAUGUGCUACAAACUGAUUUGUUUUAGAAAAUCUGAACCUGCUCGUGUACUGUCUGGACUGAGUAAAGAGACUUUUCCUACUGUUACAGCAGUUUGAAGAAUAGGACUCUAACAUGUUUGGCAGGGGAAAAUUGCUUUUGGACGCAUUCAUAUUCUCAUUUUUCUUCAGCCAAGUUUCCCUGAGUGAUGUCAAACUGUUGGAUCCUACCUCACCUGUUAUUGACGACCAGUAUGAUGGAUGUCGUAAAGAAGCCAUGGAGAAGUUUACUCCUGAUCUAUUAAAAGAAGAGCUUGGCAAAAGUGAGAAACUGCAGAAAGCCUGGAAAAAAUGGGAUGCUUGGAGAACAAGUAGUAACUGUACCUCACAGAUUCCCGGUGGGACUGAAGACCACACUUCUGCCCUCUCCAUCUAUCACUAUGGAGAUACAGAGUUUUUAAAUGAGCUGAACAAUGCAGUGGAGACAAUGAUGGUGAAUGUGACCACGUAUGAAAAGGACUUCCAUUUCAAGGCUCUUCAUUUCCUGCUGAUGGAUUCCAUGAUGUUGCUGAAGCCAAAGGAGUGCAGGGAGGUAUAUUUCACCAAAGGAUUUAAAGGAAAAGCACCAGAAAUAAACUCCAAAGUGAGGUUAGCAAGUUUCACAGUUGUCGACUCAGAUUUAAGUUUAGUAGAUCUGUACGACAUAACCAUUCUUAAAAUAAAAACUUGCUUCUAUGUCAACCUGGGGGACCAACUUUGUCUGAGAAAGCUUGGUGAAAUACUCCUGUCUCCAGCUGAAGUCUUCACUGUGGAGAGAAUAGACAAAAAGACUGCAAACGAUGAUGAUUACACAGAAGUUGUUUUGAGCCAUUCUGAUCUGCAAAGCAACCACAACUGUGUCAUGUUUUCAAGGUCUGCAGCUGAGAUCUCCACUCUGUCAUUUUUUUCUGUGCUUCUGUUUGUAACUUUGUUUUUGAUGUAACUUUAGAAGAAAUAAUCGCUCAGCCAGAAAUAUGCUGGCUGAGUGAAAUAUGCUCUACUGCAAUGUAAUGAAGAGACUGUUGUGGGACUUCAGUCUGUCAAGUUAUCAUAAAUCUGUAAACAUCCCCAACAUGAAUGUUUUACUACAAUGAUCACAAUCUAAUGACCUGAUCCUUCCUAUGUUGUAAAAUGUCACAUCUUGUAUGAUUUUAAUAUGUCUUGAUCUAUCUUUCUGUUUGCGUCUCUGCCAAGUAAAGUGUAUGAUGUGUAAAAUUGUUCACAUGUAAUAAAAUACUCAGUGAGCUAAAACUG